CAUCACACUCGUUUUUCAAAAUCGCUUUGCGCUUUCCGUGAUGAUUCCACUACUGUGAUUGCUUGUUUUGAAAAGUAUUGUAAGUGCUGGGUUUUGUCUAGAUGUUACGUUUACAUGAUGUUACGUUUACAUGAUGUUUUAUUUUCGACUCCUUCACCCAAGGUAGCUGCAAAUCGAGGGUGGGGUGGGGUACGUGUGUGGUACAACGACUCAAAUGCGGGGCAUGUGAGCUAUCAUCCUAACACUGAUUCAUCGCCCAAAAAUUCUCAAGCUGCACCCAUUGUGCGCGCAACGACACAGUCAAAAAGCCCAGUGCACGUUUCUCCACAGCUCCUCUGUCUUGUGUUUUCACUGCAAUCUACAGGAAUCAUCAUAGUCACCAUGGCGCCCGUUGCGGCUGCAACUAUCGAACCUGUUCCUCCCGUCCGUCCUCCCACUCCACCGCCCUCAGACCCUUCUCGCCCUCUGCAUACACUGCCACCGCCUUUCACAUCGUCGAAUCUUCAACUCCUAGCCCAAGGAGCCGAAGCACUUGUCUACAAGACAACGUUCCUGUCACCGACCACACAAUGUGUUGUCAAAUAUCGGCCACCAAAACCAUAUCGGCACCCGACGCUCGACAAAAGGCUGACGAAAGCAAGGUUGCUUGCUGAGGCGAGAGUGUUGGUCAGGGCUGGUAGGGAAGGUGUCAGCGUGCCGACGGUUCUGGGUGCCGAUUGGGAGGCGGGAUGGCUGGUACUUGGGUGGAUCGGGGGAGGAAGUGUCCGGGCCGUCCUGGACGCAUGGGCUGAUCGAGUCAAGAAUAGAAUCAAGGCACAGGAAGAUGAGAUCCAAGGUCAGGAUCCAGUGGAAAUCGGGGAUGAGGGAAUGUUGGAUCUCAUGCGAAGGAUAGGGAUCUGCGUGGGCCAUCUACACUCCAUUGGCAUAGCGCAUGGGGACCUCACGACAAGCAACAUCAUGCUCAAAUCGCCAUCGCCGGAUCCGCCUUCUACCACAAACGGUCAGACUCCUGUACAGUCUUCGGAUUCUACGGGCUCUGCAGUCCCUUCCCUUGCGGGUGAGGUCACUCUCAUAGACUUCGGUCUUGCAUCGCACAUGAUGGCGCAUGCAGUCGACGAAGAAGGCGCUGUUGAUCUUUAUGUUCUCGAGCGUGCGUUUGCAGCAACUCACCCGGCGGCGGAAUACCUGUUCGCAGAAGUGCUGAAAUCAUAUCAAGGGAGCUGGAAGGGGGCAAGGGGGGUACUGAAAAGGCUCGACGAUGUCAGAUUGAGGGGAAGAAAAAGAAGCAUGCUCGGGUGA